AUGCGUUUCACUCUCCUCACGCUCCCUGUGGCUCUGCUCGCCACCGCGGCCUCCAGUCACACCAUCGACUGCUGGGGAAAGGGCCUUCACCCCCCUAUCAAAAGCGUGGACUACAUCACCAGUCUGAUGGACCAGGUCACCAGCGGCCGCAUUGACACCCUCCCCGGCUACUCGGACAGGGAAUCGAUAUACCUCGACGCCGAUUCGUGCAAGGAGCUCGCCUGCUUCAAGGGCGCUCAGGUCCGCUGGUGCAGCACUCGCGAUAGCACUCUCAAGCUCCACAUGCAGAAUAUCGUUGAUGGUCUCAGGUCUAUUCGUCGUGAAUGCCGUGAAGACGGCCUUGAUACUGUUGGUGGUGUUCUCUACCAGCCUGAUAACUGGAAUAUCAUCUUGCAGCAGGAGGACGCGUGCGAGGGCAAGUAA